AUCAAUAUGGCGGAUGUAAACAAAUGUGAUUAACCCGUGGCCGUGUAUCAGAAAUGUGUUGAGUUAUUGCCGUUUUAUAGUAGCCCGUCGUUUGUUAUAAAUAAAGGCACAUUGGAAUUGCGUAAAAGAAGAAAAUGGAGGAUAUUAUAAACGGUGAGAAAAUGGAGGAUGGAGAUGUGUAUGAUACGUACGCUGAUAUAGAAGAUGAAAUAAUAGAUUAUGAUGGAGAACUAGAUCUUGAUUCAGAAGGGGAAGAAGAAGAAGAUAACGAAACCAUUUUUAGUGAACCGAAUUACCCUGCCAAUGCAGAAGAGAAGAUAUCAUGGCAAGAACAGAUUCGAAUGAUCCAUCUGAGGAGCCAUUUAAAUGAACUGGAUGAAAAAGUGCAAUCUUGUACUUAUACCACAGAAAAAACAAGAGAAGAAUUGAAGAAAUGUCAGAAUCAGAUUGAACAGUUAGAGAAAGAAAGAGACAACACGUUUACUCAAAUAGAAAAUGCUGAAGCUUCAAAUAACACUGCUGCUGUAUACAGAUUAAGAUCAGUUCAUGACAGACUAUGUAGAGAAUUGGAGGAUGAAGAAGAAUUAAAAGAGAAUAUUGAAAAAAGACUGGAGCAAACUGAAUAUGAAUUAUGGAAAGCGGAAGUAGAAAAAGGCAAGUUUUUAUUGGCUGAAGAUGAGUUGAAGUAUAAAGAACAACAGUUAUUUCGUGAGAAAACAGAUCAUGCCAUCAGACGAUUGAAUAAAGAAGAAAAAUCAGCAAUACAAGCAGAAGGCAAAUUGAAAAAGUUGGAUAAACAACAAACAGAAAUGAUGAUAGAACAAAGACAGCGCCAUAAACUGGCCAUGGAGGAAUCGAGAAAAAGUCACCAAAGGGCCAGUAAAUAUCUGACUGCUACGCUAGUGAAAUUAAAGAAAGAAGAACAAGAUAAACACAGUGAUUAUAAAGCGGACAUGCAGCGUAAAAUUGACAUGUUAUUAAAACUGAAGAAAGAUAUUGUUUCUAAUAGAGAAAAUAUGAAAGCUAUAAAAGCUAGAGAUAGAGCACAAGAGCGAGAAAAGAAAAUCCGUGAAGAAUUAGAAAGACAGAGAAUAUUACAAGAAGGUGGAAACGCUGAUGAAUUGAUGCUCAUUAAGAAAAGAAAAAAUGAAUUUGAGAAACAAAAGCAAAAAUUUGAGGCAGACCAAAAAUUGAAGCAAGCUGAUAUUAUGAAAAAAGUUUUAUCUGAGGAGUCAAGAAUGGAGAAAAGAAAAAGAGAACAGUCUUAUUUGUGGUCAGAGACCAAGAAAGACAAGGAAAAGUUUGUGCCAGUUCAUAAAAAGAAGCCAUUGAAAUGUUUGGAGGAUUUUAGCAGAGCAGCUUUAGAAUCUGCUGGUCUGGCUGGAUCAGGUGAUUUUCAACAAGCAGACAAAACCCAGGGCAUGAGUUAUAGUAUAAAUGUUAAGUAUGAAGAUGAAGAAAGGGAUGACGAUGAAGAUGAUGUUGAUGAUGAAUUUGGACAGAAGGCUGUUUAUUUAUCAUCAGAACCAACUAUUGUACAACCACCUGACAGUAGUGAUUCAGAAACUGAUGAUGUACAAGAAGAUGCUGUUAGUUUAGCCAAGCCGGAAUUUGAGGGAUUAUGGGAUACACAUAAACCAUACCACGUACCUAAAGAUAUGGAUACUCAGAUAAAAUUACCUGGUGCCAGUAAGAUGGAAAAGGAUAUCAUGAUGAAAGUACUGGAUAAACAUAGAGAUGGGAUAACUAUAAAACAAGUAGCAGCUGGCAGAGAAUUUACUGGAUGUCCUUUCUAUAGUAAACCAGAUAUCAUACAUUUUAAGAAUUUUGAUGUCGGUCAGACGUACAAGAAGAAAGUUACCCUCACCAAUGUCUCCUAUACAGUUAAUUACUGUAAAUAUGUCAGCAUCACAGAAAAACUCAAAGAUUUUAUUAAAAUAGACUUUGAUCCUCCAGGUCAGAUGUCAGCUGGUUUAACAUGUGAUAUGAUGGUGACCUUUAAACCCAUGAUAAAUGAAGAUUUAGUUGGUCAGGUGAACUUUCUCUCACAGACAGGUCCAUUUUCAAUACCUUUACGAUGCAGUACAAAGAAAUGUGAUGUCCAAGUAGACACUAAUCUGGCUGAUUUCGGUGUCACUGUGAUAGGAGAAACUUUAAAAAGAACCGUAACUCUAACUAACAAAGGAGCCAUGGCAACAAAGUUUGAUUUCUUUAAAGUUACAGGUAUGAAGCAUGGUACCUGUACAACAGCAGAAACAUCUCUUGGUAGAUUGACGUCUGAUACUAUGAGAGCAUUGAGUCCAGAUUCCUCAGAUCAGAAAUUAUCAGAUCCUAAACAAAAAAUUGAAAGUUUGGAGAAAAUAGCUGAAAUAAGUCCAGAGUUGUCUUCCCCUACUGGUGGUCUAGAUGUAGCAGGUACUGUUAAUGGAGGAAGUAAAGUUGGAGAUGAUAUAUCACCUAGGCAACCAGAUUCUGAUGAAUAUCAUAAACCACCUGAACCAGAACCGUCUCCAGAGUUUGCGUUUAGUGAAAUGGAGGAUUAUGGGACUGUUGAUGGUAUGAAAGUGGGAAGUGUGGUUAGCGGAGAAAUAAAAGCAUUCUCGUCCAUUAAACUGGAGAUUAUCUGGCAACCUACAGUCCCUGGAGCCGUGGAUUCGGAAUUUCUUAUAUCAUUCUCCGAUCCUCUCUCAGAAGGGAUAUCAAUCCAUUCUGUAGCUAAAGCUAUAGAUGUACCUGUAUGGGUAGAACGACAGAAUGUGGAUCUAAAGAUCUGUAUGUUUGAUAGAUUAUAUCAAGAUACUAUUGUAGUCAAUAACAGGGCUACAACAGCGCUACGUUUAAAGUUUGAAGUUUGUAAAGAUUUAGAGAAUCAUCUGGAAUUAUUACCUAAAACGGGUUAUAUACAGGCUCAAUCACAGUUCUCAGCUCAACUUAAAUUUCUACCAAGGCCAAGUUUAUUAAAAGAAAGUUGUAAAUAUUUUGAUAAAGAGACAGGUGUGUUGGAAGCCCCAAUGACGAUCAGAGUUGCUGAUCAGACACAGCCUGUAACAUUUACAGUGUGUGCUGUUGUAACUAAUAGCGAUAUAGAGUUUGAUGUGUCAAACAUUGAUUUCGGUUUCUCUACAAUCUACGAGUCCGUGAAGAAAUCCAUCAAAGUUACCAAUAAAUCUAUUUUACCUCAACAGUUUGGUUUUCUUGGUUUACCAGAGCAUGUUGAGGUUCAACCUAAUGAUGGUUUUGGUACCUUGUUGCCGUUAGAAACGAUUGAUCUUGAUGUGAUAUUUAGUCCAGAUAAAGCUCGGGAUUAUAAAUUUGAUCUUGUGUGUAAAUCAUUGAUUAACAGAGAUUUUAAGAUUCACUGUAAAGGCGUUGGCGUUCAUCCACCGUUAGAGUUAUCUCAUCAAGUCGUAAAUUUCGCAGCUACGUCUGUUUAUGAUGUUUCCACGGCAGCUCUACACGUUAUUAACUCUCAUACGAGUAGUAACGAAUUCACUCACCCGGUACCCAGAAUUGGAAAGGGUGAAAUUGCUCCGGUAGGUCCAACAUCAUUUGAAUUUGUCUUACCUUCGGAUUGUCCGUUAACUAUAUCACCAUCUGUCGGAACGGUGAUGCCUGGAAAGAAAUGUCGGGUACAGAUACGAUUUUCUCCUAAAUUAAAAGAAGAAGCUGUAAGGAAAGAGGCUGUUAAAAUGGCCGUAAAACAAAUGGAAGCCCAGGCACAGCGAGAAUAUGAUGAAGCCGUGCGGAAAGAAGUUGAACUACAGGAACAAGCACAGAUAGCAGCUAUGAAGAAGGCACCAAAAGGUAAAUCAUCACCUAAAGGUAAAGGUAAAGCAUCUGCUGGAACGACAGGAACUACUUCUUCUACACUACAGAAACCUAAACCAGUUGUAGCACCAGAACCAGAUACUAUUACUACCGAUUCAAGUGCGUAUUCUGAAGCUAUAGGAUCUUUGUUACGUCAGUUUAAGGGUAAAUUUGAGACGUAUACGAUACCAUGUUACAUAGGGUCAGGUUCGUGUGGUGAUCCUGGUUCUCUUCCAUACAGUAUUAAUAACACGAUCUAUGUCGAAGUACAUUGUCCUACGAUUAAACCACCAGUUGUUAUUCUAUCAGAUAGCGGAAGAAACACCAUUAAUUUUGGUGAAGUGUCAAUAGGUCAAAGUGUAUCAAGGUCAGUCACCAUGCAGAAUAUCAGUAACAAGACCGUUGAAUUAAAUUCUUCUUUACUUGAUACUGACGGUCCGUUCCUGAUGUUAAAUGCUCUGAGAGUUCUUCCCCCUGGUGGAACACAUACAGCUGUUUUAUCUUUUGCUCCAAAUAAAGGAUGUGUGUUCCAGGAAGUAUUAAGUAUAAACAGUAUGACAGCGUUAUUAUCGAUGACGUUAAUCGGUAAAGGUGUUAGUCCGAUAGUUAAUCUAUCUCUAGAAUCAGAUGUAUUAGAUAUGGGAGCCGUCUUAGCUACAGAAUACUGUGAACGUACAUUUAAGAUUCACAAUACUUCGUCCCUAUCUAUAGAUUAUGUUAUUAAAUUAGACAGUUUGUCAUUGUUACGUCACGCUAAAUCACAACAUUUACCCGCUUUUAUCAAAAGAGACAAGAAAAAUAAAUCUUAUGUUGGUACUCAGAAUAAUAAUGGUCAAAAUGUUUUUGAUUUGGUUCCAUCUGAAGGCACAAUUCCUGCAGGUGGAACCAAGGAAGUCACCGUAACGUUUGCACCAGAUCAUGGUAGUGAACAUUAUUCUGAUGGUGUUAGAAUAGAACUCUUUGGUCAGGAAGAAAGUCAUUUCUUUGAGUUAUUGGGUAUCGCUAAGAAUCAUAUAAUGUAUAUGUAUGGUGGUGAUGAGUUAACACCUGAUAUAGAAUCAUUAGCUGUUACACCUGUUCUUGAUGAUGAUGAAGAUUUUAAACUACCACCCAAACCUAUAUUAGUCAGUUUGUUCAGUAUUACGAAAGAUAACGAAUUUACCACGGCAUCAAGAGAAAUAUUUGUCGCUUGUGUUAGAACCAUGGCUGUCAGUCAGAAAAAGAAUGGUGAAUUUCAGUUUGAAAAUAUCCAAACUUUACAAGCUAAAGGUUUUAAUAUGGAACCACAAAGGGGAAUGAUAGAAGCUGGUACAAAGAAAUCUAUAAUGUUAACAUGGACGCCACCUCCAGGUCACGAGCCCAAUCAAACGAUGGAAGCGUCAGUAUUAGUGACGUUAAAAGGUGACGUAACAGAACAAUAUAGAGUUAUGUUACGAGGAAUGGUCGUAUCCGAGUAAUUAUUUAUUUAUCUGUGAUUAAUUUAUAUAAAAUAUCUGUGAUAUCAUGUGAUUGUUUGUAAAAAAAAUAAAUUCCAAACAG